UUCUUUGUUGCCCACUCGGACUGGAAAUAGGGUGCGCGUGUCAACAUAAAAGACAUAAGAUGGGGCGGGCGCGAGCUUCGGCUUAGCAUUUAGCAAUUUAGACCCAAGACAACUGCUCAGUACGAAGCGUCCAGUUUCGUUCAUAUCCCACUUGAUGGAUUGUUUACUCACAACAUUCCCACUUAAUGACUACUAGUUCCCACAAUGCAUAUUUAGCAUUUUAAAAAGAUGAGCGCUCCCGUUAGACCGAUGCUAGCGACUACGUAGCUAACUUUGCGUCACGUCUGUACUCGUACUCGUGUUGUUUUCCCACUCAUUCCUCUCCGAGUGAUCCACACUAUAGCAAUAAACCAUGCCUACUGUAGUGUUAAUGGACGCGUCACUGUCCAUGACUAGGCCGGUGUCGCAGGACAGUAAUGAGGAGUUCCAGAGGAAGAACUUAGCCGUUCACGGGCUCAAUAUGUUAUUCGAGCACAUGGCCUCCAACUACCGCUUGGAGUUCACCGCACUCAUGGCCUUCUCGUCCCUCUGGGAACUGUUGGUGCCGUUCACCAGGGAUUAUAACGCUUUACAGGAUGCUCUCAGCAACCUUGAAGACUAUGACAAGACGUGUGUGGAAUCAGCCUUGAAUGGUGUCAGUAGCGUGGUACAGCAAGAGUGGGGAAGCGCAUGUCCCUGUCAGGUGGUGCUGGUGACCGACGGAUCUCUCGGGAUUGGAAAAGGCUCCCUGCGUCAUUCCCUGCAAACAUUGAGGUACCGAGGGGACGACAAGAAGUUCCCUCUGCCUUUCCCUUUCCCUACCAAAAUGUUCAUCAUGUGCGUCGCCACUUCAGAGGAGUUGCAGAUGACAGGUGCUGUGGACAAAUGGGAAGAGCUUCUUUGUCUCAGUGGAGGUGACGGACAGAUUUUCACUGUUGAAGGGCCACUGUGCAUGCAGGGUGUGCAGGCCAUGUUUGGGAGAUUAAUUGACAGGGCUUACUGUCCCUUCCACGCUGUCCUGCACUGUGGGAACUUGUCCGCAGACGUUCAGGUGUUCCCUCGACCUGAGCCCAUCGUGGUGGAUGAGGAGGUAGAACCAUUACCUCGAACUGUCAAUCCAGAUCUGGAAAUCAUAGGCUUCAUUGAAAUCGCUGACAUCUCCAGUCCUCCUGUCAUAUCCAGACACCUGGUUCUGCCUAUUGCUGUCAACAAAGAGGUUGAUGACGUUGGCACAGGUGCCGCAGAUGAGCUGGAGGAGGAAGUGUCUGCCAGUCAAAUGGCAGGGAAAAGUCCUAAUUUCUGUGUGCUUUUACACGGCAGCCUAAAAGUGGAGGGCAUGGUGGCGCUUGUGCAGUUGGGGCCCGAGUGGUUCGGCAUGCUGUACUCCCAAGCGGACAGCAAGAAGAAAUCCAAUCUGAUGAUGUCACUGUUUGAACCCAGUACUGAGCCUCUGCCUUGGCUGGGGAAGAUCUCCCAUUUGGGACCAAUCUCGGAGGCGGCGGAAAAUCCCUACGGAGAGGACGACAGUAAAAGUCCUUUUCCCGUGCAGCUGCCUGUCAAACGAAGCUAUGCGCAGAAUGUCACAGUGUGGAUUAAAGCCAGUGGACUCCAGACUGAUGUGCAAAAGAUUCUGAGGAAUGCAAGAAAACUACCUGAUAAAACACAGACCUUCUAUAAGGAGCUGAACCGCCUCCGGAAGGCCGCCUUGGCUUUUGGGUUUUGGGACCUCCUCAAGGGUGUGGCAGAGCUGCUGGAACGAGAGUGCACGAUGCUGCCUGACUCCGCUCACCCCGACGCCGCGUUCCAGCUCUCCCACGCGGCCCAGCAGCUCAAGCUGGCCAGCACCGGAGACUCCCAGUACGCUGCAUUUGAGCAGAACAUUGUGCCCAUGCACACAGACUUCUCAAGCUGAUUGCGCAUGACUGCGGAAGAAAUUCACUGAGAAAAGGAUGACUACGUGGACCAAAAGUGAAAGUGUGCGCUAUGUGAAUUUUCAACUCCUUAUCACCCUGAGGGACUGCUCCAAGAACCUCGUAUGUGGAAAAACUAUAGCAAACUUUGCUUUGGGGGAAGGGGGGGGCGUUUUUCUACUUUGUAUUAAAGUCUGUAUCAAAUUA